AUGACAGCCACCUCUGUCUUCGCUGGAGUGAUACUGGUUACGCUGAUGGUGGCGUCCACCAGCAAUGGCGCCGAAUUUCCGUCUGGAUACACUCUUUGCAAACAGGACGACGAAAAAUGUUUGUUCGAAAGGAUUGCCACCACAUUCGCCAAGCACAGCAAAGGCAUCCCGGAGGUGAAUCUGGUCGCGCUGGAUCCGCUCAUAAUCGAAAAGAUGGACAUCGUGCAAGGCGAAGGUCCGAUCAACAUCGUGCUCAACUUUAAGAACGUAGAACUUACGGGUUUGUCGCAGAGUGCGAUAAAGAAGGCUAAUGGUUUCACUGCCGAUCCGACCAGGAUGGAGCUCGGAAUCUUGGUCCCGGCUGCUUCACUGGUAGGCGGCUACAAAAUCAAUGGCAAGGUGCUGAUUUUACCCAUUCAGGGCGAAGGACACAGCAAUAUGACUAUGGAAAACUGCCAUAUCCAACUGAAGUGGACAGGAAAGCUAGUGGACCAUGCCAACGGUAAAAAAUACUACCAGAUGGACAAACUGAAAGCGACAUUCGACACAACUCGGUUCUAUAUGAGCUUUUCCAACCUGUUCAAUGGCGAUAAGGCGCUAGGGGAUAAUAUGAAUCAGUUCCUGAACGACAACUGGCAGGACAUCUUAAAGGAACUGAAACCGGCGAUCGUGAAUGCCUUCGUGCAAAUAUUCCAGUCGGUCAUAUCGAAUGUCUUUAACAAAGUACCGUACACUGAAAUGUUCCAGUGA